AUGGAUAGUAAGGACACAAAGUGUGAGGUAGAAAAACUAAAUAAAUCUCAAGAUCUGAAGAAUCUAUCUGAUGUAGAAUUUUUAAAUUUAUUAGAAGAAGCUUCAACUUUCAACAAACCAAGUAACGAAGCAAGUGAUUUAUUACAACAGUUAAGAAAUGAAAUUGCUGAAAAAGACUCUUGUGAGAAUGUUGAAAAAACUGAAUCUUCUCAUGAUGGAAAUUGUGCAUCUUUAAUUUAUGGACAAAAUAGAAAUUUAAAACAUGCAUUUACAAAAGGACGUGAUUCAUGUGGAAUGGACAUAUUAUUACCAAAUACACUUAACAAUGAAAAAGAUAUAAACUGUAUUAUACAAAGAUCUUUAGAUAGUACUGGAAGAAACCAAAGUGUAUUUAUAAAUAAAAAUAAAGAUAAUUCCAUUAUUAAAGGAAUUAAUCAUAGUGAUAGGUUAGGAAAAACUGUAAUUCAAUCGCAAUCAUUACAAGAUUUAGCAAAUAAUAAAUCGGAUAGUGUAGAAUCUAUAAGAAAUGCAGGAAUUAGUCAAGGAAUGCCUAACUUACAAAAAUCUCAAUGUGCCUCAUCAUUUGCUUCAUCAGAAGGUUCAGAACAUGCUGCCCUGUUACAAGUAAGUGUUUUGGAAUCAGUUAGAACUUCUUUAAAAGAUGCUAAAACAUCUUUUGGUAAGUUUCAACAAACUUCUUUGUCUGCUGGUAGUGCUUCCUUGGAUAAAGAUGGAUCACAUGUGAAUAUUUUGAAAAGAAACAUUACUUCUCAUGCUUUAGUAAACUGUGCGACUUUAAAUGUUUGUGAAGUUCUUAAUUCUAGUCCAGAAAGAACAUGCAAUAGUCAAAAAGUGUUUUCAACAGACGAGUCAUCUUGUGAUAGUUCUUACAACAAGUUUAACGCAGCAUCUUCAAAUACAAAUACUGAUUUGCAUAAUUUAAGAGAAUUUAAUGAACAAAGUGAAAUAGUGUCUCCAUUAGAAUUAGAAUUAAAAGAAAUUAAAGUGAGGAAUAAAAGUGAAAAUGAUCAUGUAUCUGAAAAAAUGAUUGAAAACAUGUAUCAUCAAAGGAGAAGUGAUAACAAAACAUAUAAAGAUAAUACGGAAGUUGAUGUAUCUGUUGGUUUUCCAUUAACGUAUGGACACAUCAGAUCUCAGUGUAAUAUAAUGCAAUCGUCUAUUGAAGCUGUAUGUGUUGACCAAGAUUUAUCAAGUAUAACAAAAGGUAUGAUUAAGAGAAAUUUGUAUAAAUUUUAUAUUUUUGAUCAAAUGGAAGUUUUUAUUAGAAUAAUAGUAAAUAAAUGGAAUUAUUUUAAAGUAAUAAUAAUAAUAGGUGUUUAUUGCAUGAACCUUAGUUUGUUACAAGAGGAUUAAACUAUAAUUUAAAAG